GUGCUUCUUUGGCUGUUUCUUGAUGGAUCUUCAGCAAAACACCAGCCCCGCAGUUUGGCGCUUCCAAAACUCAACAUCUCCAACAUCACUCAUGAGACUCUUCCCCCUUCUCGCCCACCCGCAACGACUCCCUCUUCUGUUCUCAAAAAUCCCACUUCGUCACAUUCACAAAAUGUCUCGAAAACCACCCCAAUUGCCCCCCUCAUUCACAACAACACCCUCCGCCAUCCUCUCCCAGACAUCCUCCCUCAUUUCAUCAACCGCCGCCCUCGAAGACGCCUUCUCAUCAACCCUCACGCCAUCAACAGCAACAUUUUCCAACCUACUCACUCCCAUGCUGAACGAUGAUCACGCGGUAUCUAAACAAACCCUCAUCAUUCGUCUCUUCAGCUCUGUGUCAGAAGAUAAGGAUCUCCGCGAUGCAUCACGUACAGCAGAGGAAAUGCUUCUUAAAGCCAAUUCUGAAGCCCUCAUGAGGAGAGAUAUAGCUGCUCUUGUUAAAGCUGUUUAUGAAAAGCAUCAGAAUGGGGGGGAGAAGUUGGAAGAGGAAGAUGCGUAUACUUUGUUCAAGACGCAUAGAGCGUAUCAGAACACUGGGGCAGGCAUUGAGGAUGAGGAUGUGAGGGAACAGUACAAGGCUGCUGUACAGGAACGAAAUGAAGUUCUCGUUGCAGCGCGCAAGACAAUUAGUGAAUCCGACGAGGGUAUAUUCUUUACACGGGAACAACUCAACGGUGUACCAACCUCUAUUCUCGACGCAAUGAAGACCAAUGACGACGGGCACCUCAAAGCAACCUUCAAAAAGGGCCACAUGAUCUCAAUCAUGAAACACGCCACCAGUGCCAGCACACGCAAAGCAUACAACAUCGCAAAAGAAAGCCGUUUUCCCGAGAACGUAAUCCGUCUUGAGCGCGCUGUUGAGCUGCGCGACAGCACAGCGCGAAUGCUAGGCUUCAAAACCCAUGCCGAGCUCAAAAUGCAAGAUAAAAUGGCAAAGAGUGUUGAGAGCGUCAUGGAAAUGCUGAACAAGCUAAGAACAGAGUUAAAACCUCUCGCAGAUGAAGAAAUGAAGACGUUGUUUGACAUUAAAAAGGCUUACAUUCGAGAUAACGGCACGGAUGAGGAUGGAGAGGACGUGAAGAGGUUGAAUGCAUGGGACUGGGCGUUCUAUGCGAGGAUUCUGGAGAAGGAGAGAUAUUCUGUUGAUUCACUUCUCAUCUCGGAAUAUUUUGAGGUUAACCAUAGUUUGAAGGGCAUGCUGAAGAUCUUUGAGGAGAUCUUUGGGAUGGUAUUUAUACCUACCGAUGCGCCUGUUUGGCAGAAGGAUGUCACUGUCUACGAAGCGUGGAAUGCUGAGGACCAAGGUGGUGAGUUUCUUGGGUAUCUAUACCUCGAUCUUUAUGCACGAGAGGGGAAGUACGCUGGUGCGCAUAGCUCUCUCAUCCAACCUGGCUUUGUAACAUCGGAGAACAAACGCCAUUAUCCCUCUUCAUCACUAAUAACAUCCCUCCUCCACACGCCCUCCCAGCCAACUCUCCUCUUACACUCCGAGCUAAAGACAAUGUUUCACGAACUCGGCCACGCAAUCCACAAACUCGUGACACACACCAACCACCAACACGGCUGCGCGCGCGAUUUCGUCGAGAUCCCCAGCAUUCUUCUCGAGAACUGGAUCUGGGUUCCCUCCGUGCUCCAACGCCUGGGCAAACACUACUCGUACUUAUCCUCCGAGUACCUAACGUUCUGGAACGCUAAGAACGAGGGUGAAAGGCCGGGUGAGGUGCUACCGGAGAAGUUGGCGCUGGACAUUGCAAGGACGAAACAUGUUAAUGGUGCGCAUGCGAUGCUGUAUCAGGUGUUUUUGGCGCUGUUUGAUCUCACGAUUCAUAAUGCUGGGGAGGGAGGGGCUGUUGAUACGACGAGGUUGUGGAAUGAGAGUAAGACGGAGAUCAUGGGGUUGGGAAGGGCGGAUAGUAUCGGACAGGCGUCGUUUGCGCAUCCGUUCAGGGCGUACGAUGCUGCGUAUUUUACUUAUGCCUUAUCAAAGGUGUAUGCGACCGACGUAUGGGUUAGCCACUUCAAAGCUGAUCCAAUGGAUAAGACUACUGGUCUACGAUAUCGCGAGCUUGUUCUUCAACCAGGAGGAAGUCAACCUGAGCUCAAAAGCCUCAGCAACUUUCUCGGUCGCGAACCCAACGACAGGGCAUACUAUGGCGAAGUCACCAGCACACCAGGAACAAAAUCGUCAGUAUUGUAAAUGUAUUAGAGUGCAAUAUUAUCCAACGCUUAUAUGCAAAAGAGGGUAUCAUGGCAAGAUCUAUCGUAUAUCAUACUCGCUCAAUGCACCAGUCUCAUCCUAGGAAACGGCGCAGCCUCAACAUCAACGACGACCAAUCCCUUCUCGUCCAGCGAAGCUCCGACAUCUGUGAUCGGCGUAAUCUUUCUCGUGUGUGCAACUUCUUGGCGACUGACGCGGCCUUCGUCGCGAGGGAUCCACAAGACGGGUUUUUGCAUCCAGAGCUCAGGAGGCCAGUAAUUAGAUAGCUUCUCGUCUCCGGAGUAAUCUGCGUCGGCGAGUUCUUCGAAGGGAAUUAGUUUUCGCAAGGCGAUAAAGUCUUCGUAGAUCUCGGGGUGGAAGAAUCGCUGGAUGAAGGACGGUGGUUGAUCCGGGUUCGACCUAUCGCCGGGGAGAAUCCAUCUGUCCAAGAACUUCUUAACUCCUGACUCUUGCACCUCUUUCUUCAAUUGCUCUUUAGUGCUUGACUUUAUCCACUCAGUGGCCAUCAAUCUCAGACCACCUGCGCCCUCAACGGCCCUCGAGCUCUGUGGUCCCUCGUGUAGUUGAUCGUCUUCGUCAUCUGUCGGCACGUCCUCGAAUUCUUCUUCGCCAAAGUUCUGUUCCGUAUCGAAGUAACUGGCAGCAGUCCCGCCACUGGCCUCUCCUGACUCCGCGGCUGCUUGAAGCUUUGCCUCCGCUUCAGCUCUCUCUUGCUCCUGUAGUUCUUCCUCCAAUGCCAAUGUUUGUGGCAGAUUCUGCAGCAGAGGCGAUAUCGAGUCUCUCAAGGACAUGUGUACGAUGACAGUGAAUAUCAGGAAGAUGAGCAUCAACACCAUAGGCGGGAAGGCAAAAUUGAUGGCAAAGAGACCAAUCAUGCAGAUUUCGGCCAAGUAAAGUCCUGUGAUGAGCUGCAUCAGGGCGGUGGGAUAAAACAAGCCCAUGCUAUCCAUUUCCGAGUCGAAGACGUAAAGAAUGUUGUAUCGGUAGAUGAGGCGCGUAAAGGCCAUUCCGGCGCAUGCGAAGAGGAGGAUCAGUGGAGCGAUAACUGUGUAAGAGAAGGCUAGGUAUGUUAGCAUGGAAGGGGAUGAUUUGCUGCACGACUUACCAAUGCACGCCAUGUUUGUGUAG